CAUUGUGAGAUUUGUUCAAAAUAUUACAAAACUGAGAGGUCUUUGAAGACUCACGAAAGGAAUUUUCAUAAACAAGAAAGACAAUUUUCCAAGAAUUUGUCAACACAUCAUUGUAAAACAGUAAAAAUCGAAAAUUACAAUGAAGAUGAAUCUGAUAUUCCAGAAGCAGGCAUCAAGAAUAACUUGAAUAUUAAUGAAGAAAAUAUAAAAUUUGAGAUUACGACCAAAAAUCUACUAGAUGAGGAUAUUACCCCAGAUAUAAAACCUUCUCUCAAACUUAUUCCAGGCACAGAAAUUCAAGAGGGUACAGAAACAGAAAAUGCAAUGAUAAAAGAGGAAAAAGACGAGCCCAAUAACGUUUCUGACGCCAAUCAUUUGAAAGUAUGCUGCAAGAACUUGUUUGAUUGUGAAAAUAGUUGUGGGCAACACCAAAAUACUGAUAAGGAGAAGAAACAGUUCAUUUGUAGAAUAUGUUCGAAGUCUUUUAAAAGAAAAGAUUUAUUGACAAAGCAUGAAAAGAUUCAUACAGGGAAAAAAUCUCAUCACUGCAAAUUCUGUUCUAAAUCUUUCCUCAAGAGAGGGGAUUUAGCAGUUCAUGAGAGAGUUCAUACAGGUGAAAAACCUUUCUUAUGUAAAAUUUGCUCUGCCUCAUUCAGACAGCAGGCACAUCUGAGAACUCAUGAAAGGACUCAUUCUGGAGAAAAGUCGUUCGUUUGUAAAUUAUGUUUGAAAUCGUUUGCAUAUAGGAGCCAAUUGAAAAAUCAUGAAAAGAUUCAUACAGAAACAUUCAAUUCAGUAGAAAGGUUGGAUGAAGAUGAUUUUAAUAUUCCUGAAGAAAAAGAUUUCAAGAAUGACUUGAGUAUUCAUGAAGAAAGUAUAAAAAUCGAGUUUACUAGCGAAGAUGUAGGUGGGGAUAUUACGGUAGAUGAAAAGCCUUUCGAGCUUAAUCCAGGUAAUUACAGAGUGUUUCCUAAUGCAGAGAACAUCUUCAGGAUCUAUUGUUAUGGAAAACAGUUUUUAUAA